ACCAAGAAAGGCAAAUCCUCUGCUCUCGGGUCUCUCGCGUUCAGCCUCGCCCUCCGUCUCCACUGCGACAGAAAGGGCAUAAUGGCAUCCAUGGCCUCCAGGGCAACCUUCGCGCCGAAACCUUCGGAAGCGAUCUCCUCCCGCGUCGUCCCUUUCCGUGCCACCGCUUCAUCUUCCAUCUCCUUCGAGGGAUCUCAAUCCCGAGCACCUUUCUUGGGCCAAGCACUCAGGCUUGCGGUUUAUUCUCCGAAGAUCUCUGCUCUCUGCGGUUGGAGGAGGAUACGGAGAGAUCCAAGGACGAUCGUAAUGGUUGCGUCCGCGGGCGGGGCGGCAAAGCCGACGGUGCUGGUGUCGGAGAAGUUGGGGGAGGCCGGACUUGAGCUGCUUCGGGAGUUUGCGAAUGUUGAUUGCUCCUAUAAUCUCACUUCCGAGGAUCUCUGCGCUAAGAUCUCCCUAUGCGACGCGCUGGUUGUGCGAAGUGGCACCAAGGUGACGCGAGAGGUCUUUGAGGCGUCAAAGGGCCGGCUCAAGGUAGUCGGCAGGGCCGGAGUUGGGAUCGACAAUGUUGAUCUGCAGGCCGCCACCGAGAAUGGAUGCCUUGUCGUCAACGCCCCUACUGCCAACACGGUAGCUGCUGCCGAACACGGGAUCGCGCUUCUUACAGCCAUGGCCAGGAACGUCGCGCAGGCUGACGCGUCUAUGAAGGCCGGAAAAUGGCAGCGUAACAAAUAUGUUGGUGUCUCCCUAGUAGGGAAGAACCUGGCAAUUAUGGGUUUUGGAAAAGUUGGUUCAGAAGUUGCCAGACGUGCUAAAGGACUAGGAAUGCAUGUCAUUGCUCAUGACCCUUAUGCCCCUGCUGAUAGAGCUCGUGCCAUUGGUGUAGAAUUAGUAUCAUUUGAUGAAGCCAUAUCCACAGCAGAUUUUAUCUCACUUCACAUGCCACUCACCCCUUCAACCUCUAAAAUUUUCAAUGAUGAAAAUUUUGCAAAAAUGAAGAAGGGAGUGAGAAUUAUUAAUGUUGCAAGAGGUGGAGUAAUUGAUGAAGAUGCCUUGGUGAGGGCCCUUGACAAUGGAACUGUUGCUCAGGCAGCACUUGAUGUAUUUACAGAGGAACCCCCAGCAAAGGACAACAGGUUAGUGCAGCAUGAGAAUGUUACUGUUACUCCCCAUCUUGGAGCGAGCACCACCGAAGCUCAGGAAGGUGUGGCCAUUGAAAUAGCUGAGGCUGUGAUUGGGGCAUUGAAUGGUGAACUUGCUGCUACUGCCGUGAAUGCCCCCAUGGUUCCUUCUGAGGUUUUGUCCGAGUUGGCCCCAUAUGUUUUAUUGUCAGAGAAGCUAGGUAGACUUGCCCUGCAGCUUGUAGGGGGAGGUGGCGGCAUAAAGGGUGUGAAGAUUGUGUACACAUCAGCUCGAAGCCCGGAUGACCUCGACACUAGAAUUCUUCGCGCCAUGGUCACAAAAGGUAUCGUCGAGCCAGUAUCAAGCGUUUUUGUGAACCUUGUCAAUGCCGAUUACAUCGCCAAGCAGAGGGGUUUGCGCAUCAGCGAAGAGCGAGUAUUCCAUGACGGCUCGCCUGAAAUCCCGCUGGACUUUAUCCAGGUCCACCUCGCAAAUGUCGAGUCCAAAUUCGCCAGUGCCAUAUCAGACUCUGGUGAGAUAGUAGUGGAGGGCAGAGUGAAGGAUGGGAUUCCACAUCUCACAAGCGUAGGCUCAUACAGUGUAGAUGUCAGCCUUGAGGGAAAUCUGUUACUCUGCAGACAGAUUGAUCAACCUGGCAUGAUCGGUCGUGUGGGAAGCAUUCUUGGAGAAAACAAUGUGAAUGUUAGCUUUAUGAGUGUCAGUAGAACUGCACCUCGGAAACAGGCAAUCAUGGCCAUAGGUGUUGAUGAGGAGCCCGAGAAGGAUGUUCUAAGGAAAAUUGGUGAAAUACCAGCGAUUGAAGAGUUUGUCUUCCUGAAGCUAUAAUAGAGGAACCCUUUCCGUGCCUCACAUGCAGUUCAUUGACGAGUGCUACAUUUUUUUUUUUUUGAGGUACUUUGCAAAUAAUAAUGAGUUUAUAGUCUCAAGGCAUUACACACCAUUUGGACUGUCAUUCUUCAUGCAGUCCCUAAAAAGUUUACUUCUGAUUUUGUAGCAGAAACAAAAAAUUUCGUUUGCUAUGCGAGUUUCUUUUCUAUUAUGUGGAAUGUUAUUUCUUUGACAUA